AUGCAGCAGAGCAGUGCUAGUUCUUUGGUUUCAAAUGAUGGUGGGAAUUAUAGAGGAGUUAGAAAGAGGAAAUGGGGGAAAUGGGUUUCAGAAAUUCGUGAGCCUGGAAAGAAAACGCGUAUUUGGUUAGGGAGUUUUGAAACGCCGGAAAUGGCAGCGAUCGCUUAUGAUGUAGCUUCAUUGCAUCUAAGGGGACAUGGAGCACGUCUCAAUUUUCCCGAAUUGGCGAAUGAGUUGCCUCGGCCGGUUAGUUCAAGUGCUGAUGAUAUUCGAGUAGCAGCUCAUGAAGCAGCUGCAAGAAGAAAGACAACAGUUGAUGAACAAGUGGGUUGCUCAAGCUCGAAUCAACAAAUUCCGAAGAAUAUAAGGUUGUCACAGAGUCAAAUUCAGGCAAUUAAUGAGUCACCAUUAGACUCUCCAAAGAUGUGGAUGGAAUUGGCUGAAGCUUUAUUUCCAGACACAUCCAUGGGUUUUAUUGAUGAUCAGGUUGAGAUGAGUGAUGAUUGGGAAGAUAUGCAACAUGAUUCCCUUUGGGAAUCUUAGAGAAUAUAU